GAACCGCCUGUUCCCUUAUUCAAGUCUCUUUUUAGUCUUUACAUCCUCUUAUUAGAUCCAAAUGGCGUCCGACAUCCCCAGGCCACCAACACUCCGCCGGUCAUGCCAAGCCUGCGCGCGCGGCAAACGCCGCUGUGACCAGCGCUGGCCGCGCUGCACCCGAUGCCAGACCCGGAAGAUCGACUGCGAAUACAUCAACAUUCCAUUAACGGUGGGAUCCGACACAGACUCAACAAGUACCGCAACAACAACAAACACCAUCCGAUCAACACUCUCGCCCAAACUCCCUCACAAGAAGCCAAGACAGCACUACCAACUAACCCACUCAAUCCCCCUCCCCCUCCCCCUAGAAAUUACAAAGGGCUACCCCCAACCCAUCAUCGCAUACCUCGUCUCAGGCAUGCGCGCAUACCCAUCCACCUUCGCCCUGAACAUGAAAACCCACUUCAUCCACCCAGACCUAUGGCCCAGUCCAUCUUCUCCCCCUUUACCUAUCAAGGACAUUCACACCCUGUGUAAACUGCACUCCACAUCACCCACCACCACAAACAAAACCAUCAUCCCCCUCCUCAAACAAAAAUCCUCCUCCCUCCUCCGCACCCUCAACCACACCUCCAGCUUCGAGGAAAUGCUAGCUACCGCGCAGGCUCUCCUCCUCGCGCAAUGCAUGCUCAUUCUCUCGGACCCCGACACAAACACAUCAUCACAAGCCUACUCCGAAUCAAUCAGCACUAUGCUCUACAACCUCGGCCAGAAACUGUGGCAACAGGCCCCCAUCCAAUUACCAGGGAGUUUGAGCCCGCGCAGAGCGUGGCUAUUCGCGGAGAGUGUGCGGAGGACGAUCAUUGUGGGGUUCAUGCUAAGGAGCGUGUACUCGCUCAAGAUGCGGAAUUAUUCCGUCCGAACGCCGUUCGUGGACUCGUUGCCGUUUGAUAUGAGGACUGGGUUGUGGGAUCGCGAUGUUGGGGUUGAUGGGAAUGAGGGUGGAGAGUCGCUGGAUGCGAUGGUCUCGUUGCAUCAGUAUUCGGGCAUGUUGGAGAGUGGUGUGGUUCAUGGGAUCUCGGAAUUUGGGGGGUUGAUUCUGGCGGCGUGUAGAGGGAGGGCGGUGCAGGGAUUGCCCUAUCCUUCUGUUACUGCGUAUGCGGGGUACUAAUUUAUUGAACCAUUUCCAUGGUGUCUACUUUUUUUCACUUUACUUGUGACUAAACGGAAAAUGACAAGUAUAAUCACACCAAAAACUGCUUCAACACCGCAUUCAACAUCGCCGUCAUAUCCGCAUAUAAGCUCUGCCUCUUCGUCUCAAACGCCUGAUAGAUAUCAUUCGCCGAUCCCACAGCAAUCUGAUCCUCACCAUUCUGCAACCGGCUCCAAACCUCACCGAUAAACUCAUUCAACGGCAUACCAAUCAAGUGUCCAUCCUUCAAAUCAGGCUGGUGCUUGGCAUCGUGCAGCUCGGUCUGCACCGCGGGCGGGUAGAUCUCGAGCACCUUGACGUUUCCGGGACCCUCAGCGACCUGCGUCCGCAGGGCAAGGAUGAAGUGGUGCAGGGCGGCCUUGGAGGCGCCGUAGUUGGGGCAGCGCAUCAUGGGCACGAGGGCCA